UGAUGGUAGGUCACAUUAAUCGCUAAUUCUUGAGUCACUUUUGAGCCCUUUUUCUCUCCGUGUUCGCGGAACACUGCAAAAUACCACUGUAGUUUGGAGAUGAGUGCCCACGCUUCAUAUAAUUUCUUAUAGGGUUUCUGGUGUGCUUCUAAUCUUCUCAUCUAACUUUGGCACUUUGGUUCAGAGUAUAUGAGAUACAGACGUCAUAUAGCUGAGAAGGCGCUAAAUCUUGUAUCCUUUGUAAACCAAAGUUUGGCUUCAGAUUUCACAGUCACUGAUAACAAGUUUUCACAAAUUAAUUGGGAUAGUCAUGAUGAAAAUCACAUUCGCAAACUAGAAGAAGAUAGGGGACCAAAGCCAUGGUGAAGAAGGUAGAGAAUAUGAUUCAGUCAUCCGAAAGGUCCAUGCCUCACCUUCCUUUGGAUGUCAUUAUUGGUAUACUCUCGAAACUGCCGUUCAAGUCUCUGUUUCAAUUCAGGCGGGUAUCCAAGUCAUGGCACUCUUUAAUCUCCAGCUCUCACUUCAAUCAAUCAAUCACAAACCCCAAUAUUCAAAGACAAUAUAUGGUAAUGGUCAAUUUAGUCCCCCAUCCCGGUCUAUACACAGCAAGCCUUGGAUCAGCUGAUAAUGACACUCUAACAGCAGUUACAGCAGUAAAGAUUGAUCAUGUUUUGGGUUAUUUUGAGUUAAAGCAUCAUGUCUGGACCAUUAUGAUUGGUUCUUGUAAUGGGUUGUUAUGCUUUUUGGCAGAAGAUGUCAUAUAUAUAUUCAAUCCCAUAACGAGCGAGUGCAAGAAAGUGCCAGAUCCGAAAUUUGGUGCUGCAGUAUAUGGAUUUGGCUAUGAUUGCACUGUUGAUGAUUACAAGUUGGUGUUGGGAAGAAAAAAUAAUCUCCAUCUAUAUUCACUGAGAAGUGAUUCUUGGAAAAAGAUUCAAGACUUCCCUUGCAGUUGUAGUAAUCAUUAUGAACUUUAUGGUGCACUUUGUGGAGCAUCGCUAAAUGGAGCCAUCCAUUGGUUUGGUAGACAGCCAACAGUAAUUGUUGCUUUUGGUUUUGCAGAUGAGAAAUUCUGUGAGAUAAGUGUGCCUACUUUUCCUACUGGUGUUACUAAUGAUAUUGAGGUUGGGGUAUUUGGAGGAUGUCUUGGUAUACUACGACGAUGUGGUCAUGACUUAUGGCUAAUGAAGGAAUAUAUGGUGAAGCAAUCUUGGAAUAGAGUUGAGAUUAAUGUUCCAUUUCAAAGCUACAUGAAGCCAUUGGCUUUGCUGAAGGAAGAUGAAGCUCUCUUAGCGGUAGAUGCCAAAAGAUUAGUUUUAUACAACAUAAGAGAGGGAACAUACAGGGAUCUAGUUAUUCGAGGUUUCCCAGAUCCGACCUGGAUUUUUACAGCAAAGACCUAUGUGGAGAGCCUCGUAUCACCCAUCAUGAAAGUUUGAGUCACAGACAAAUUAAAUCAAGAACAAGUGAUAAUAUUUAGGAUGAACAAUGCAUAUGUUAAAACGGUAUAUAUAUAUAUAUAUAUACCUUUCUCUAAUUGUGUUUUUGAAUUUCAUGGAGCAAAUGAUGGUUUAUUAUAGUAGUUUUAA